AUGCUGCGCUUCUACCAUCUUCAGCCAUCUAUUCUCCGCAACUCUACAUCCAGGUGCUCGUUCUCCACAUUAUCUCGCAAUUUUCGCAAGAUUCUCGUAGCCAAUCGCGGAGAAAUCGCUUUGCGCGUCUUACGUUCGGCCCAAAAGCUAAACAUUGAGACUGUUGCUGUCUAUAGCGAUGCCGAUACCAACUCGCAGCAUGUAAAAUUGGCUACAGAAGCCUAUCGAUUGGGCCCUGCAGCCGCCAGUGAGAGCUACUUGAAUUUUCCCAAGAUCCUGGAGAUUUGUCGUCUGUCGGGGGCUGAAGCUGUGCAUCCAGGCUACGGCUUUCUAUCGGAGAAUGCGGCAUUUGCUCGUGCUUGUCAAGAAGCUGGUGUCGAGUUUAUUGGACCUCCAAUCAAAUCUAUUGAAGACAUGGGAUCCAAGAGUGCGUCCAAAGAUAUUAUGAUUAAGGCCGGUGUACCGGUGACCCCUGGGUAUCACGGACAAGACCAGAGCUUUGAUACAUUAGAAAAAGAAGCGAGGAAGAUUGGAUACCCGGUACUCAUUAAGGCGGUUUUGGGAGGUGGAGGCAAAGGCAUGAGAAUUGUUGAUGAAGACAAAGAUCUACAAGAAGCUCUGGAUGCCUGUGUGAGAGAGGCACAGGCAUCUUUCGGAGACGGGCGAGUGCUGAUUGAGAAGUAUUUGAAGAAACCAAGACACGUAGAGCUUCAGAUCUUUGGAGAUAAAUAUGGAACUGUCAUUCACUUAUUUGAGAGAGACUGCAGUGUACAACGUCGGCAUCAGAAAGUCUUGGAGGAAGCGCCAGCUCCCAACAUGUCCGAAGCGCUGCGUCAAAAAAUGGGAGAUGCAGCUGUAGCCGCAGCAAAAGCGGUCGGCUACGUUGGUGCUGGCACGGUUGAAUUUCUGCUAGAUGAAGACGAGUCGUUCUAUUUUAUGGAGAUGAAUACCCGUCUUCAAGUAGAACAUCCAGUUACUGAAAUGAUCACAAAGCAAGAUUUAGUUGAGCUGCAACUGAAGGUUGCCGCAGGCUUCAAGCUUCCAAUCCGUCAGGAGGAUCUGAAAAUUCACGGACAUGCUGUUGAGGCUCGUAUCUAUGCCGAAAACCCAUACAAUGACUUCCUUCCUGUGAGCGGAACGUUGCAGCACCUUCGCUUACCCCUUACAUCAAAAUCGGUUCGUGUGGACACUGGCAUUGUUGAAGGUGACGAAGUGUCAAUUUUUUACGACCCAAUGAUCGCCAAGCUAAUUGUACACGGUGAGAACCGCCAGGAAGCGCUGGACAAGAUGGUUCGAGCAUUGCACGAGUACCAGAUCGUGGGCCUUCCCACAAACAUCGAAUUUGUGGCUCGCACAGUAGACCACGCUGCGUUCCGAGAGGGUGAGGUUGAUACGAGUUUUCUUAACAAGUUUGGCAACGAGGUCCUUGGGUCGUUGGGAACGUAUCCUCCUUAUGCAAAGGCACUUGGAGCUGUAAGUUUACUUAUACUGGAACAGGGCAAAUGCCUACCAGGUGAGAGCCGUAAUGGUGAGCUCCACUCUCCAUGGCUGGACGAUUCCCUUUCACAUUUCCGUUCAUUGGAAACGUUGGAGAAAAAGCUUUGCCUAAGCUACGACGACGAGAAAGCUUCGAUGACUGUCAAAUGUUUAUCAAAAACCAACUACGAAGUUUUGAUUGGUGACAAUAGUUCUCUGGACAGCCUCUCGGUUAGUGGUACGAUCGACGAGCACGGCGACUUCAAGCUCCGAGUGGACAAUCGAAUAUUCAAGGGAACUGCCGUGGUUCAUAAUAACGAGCUACAUCUUUUCUGCGAUGACAACAGCCAGCGAUAUGAAUACAAGUUUUACAUCCCUUUACCGUCUUUUGAGCCAGCAGAGGGGAGCUCAGGUGCCGCUGCACACAGCAAGAUCGUAGCGCCAAUGCCAGGUAAGAUCAUUAAGGUGCUGGUAAAGAAUGGUGAAAAGAUUACUGCCAACCAGCCGCUGGUGAUCAUGGAGGCCAUGAAGAUGGAGCACUUGAUCCGGGCACCAAAUGAUGGCAAGGUGCAGGAACUGUUUUGUGAAAAGGGAGAUUUUGUGACAGACGGUUACGUGCUUGGCGAACUGGACUUUCGUGCUCCUCACGAACAAUACUCACAUCGACUAGAGCAGUCGUCACGGUCAAGCAAUACUGCUGCUAUUGUGAUUCUUUUGUUUGCUCUGUUAGCAUCGAUGACGGUAGUUGCUUAG